AGCCGCCUUCGCCUAUUCCUCGAGGUACGAAUCACGGAGAGCAAGUGGUGAGAGUAGGUAUGAGAGAAAUACAGUUCCAAGAUCGUCACUCAAUGUGGCCGAGUGGCUCGCCAUUCAUACUAGCUACCACACAUCCUCCCGACGUCGGAGAAAGCAGCUUCGUAACCUAACUCUAGUUAUAUAACCGGGCUCGUAUAUUUAGGAACUCUUGAUCCUCUCUCAAGGUCCUCCGUGACGAACCAGGCCCGACCCUCACGCCCGUUCUUUCCAUUCACCAUUCCCCACCUGUACACCAUUCAUUCGAUAUGGCAUCUGGGAUUCUCAAGACCUCUGGCACGCGUAUCGUGGAUGCCAAAGGCCAAGAUGUGCUCCUUAGAGGGACAACUCUUGGUGGCUGGAUGAUGAUGGAGAACUUCAUUAAUGGCUUCCCCGGCCGAGAGCACCAGAUUCGCGCGGCACUGCUCAAGGUGCUGGGCAAGGAAAAGUACGACUUCUUCUUUGACCGCUUCCUGGAGUACUUCUUCACCGACAAGGACGGCGAGUUCUUGGCCAGUCUGGGUUUCAACUGCCUACGCCUCUCGUUCAACUACCACCACUUCGAGGACGACAUGAAUCCUUUCGUAAUCAAGGAAGAAGCGUUCAAGCACAUAGACAGAGCGAUUGAGAUCUGCUCGAGACAUAACAUCUACACGAUUCUCGACCUCCACUCAGCCCCCGGUGGCCAGAAUCAGGACUGGCAUUCCGACAACCCCACCUGCUAUGCCGCCUUCUGGGACCACAAACACUUCCAGGAUCGCGUUAUCAAUUUAUGGCAGGCCAUCGCAGAACGAUACAAGGGCAAUCCCUGGGUGGCUGGUUACAACCCACUCAACGAGCCUGCCGACGAACAGUGGACGCGGCUGCUUUCCUUCUACGACAGGAUUGUGCCGUCUAUCCGCGAAGUCGACCCGGACCACAUUUUGUUCCUCGAGGGCAAUACAUUCAGCAUGGACUUUACAGGCUUCACCACAACGUUCCCCAACUCAGUGUACGCCAUCCAUGACUACUGCGGUUUCGGCUUCCCAAAUCGCAUAGGCAGAUAUCAAGGCCAGAAGGAGCAGGACGAAUACAUCCGCCGGAUGUACGACCGCAAAGCCGCAUUCAUGAAGGAGCACAAUGUGCCAGUCUGGAAUGGUGAAUUUGGACCCAUCUACGAGAAAGAGGAAUACAACCCGGACUGGCAAGUUCACAACAACGAGAGAUACAACAUGCUCGACAAACAGAUGGCUAUCUACACUUCAGAAAGUAUUGCCUGGAACAUCUGGACAUACAAAGACAUCAACGUCAUGGGUCUCGCCCACGUCUCCCCAGAUUCACCCUGGCUCAAACUCUUGGGCCCCAUGAUCCGCAAGAAGCACGACCUAGCCGUUGACCCAUGGGCAUACGAUGACGCACAUUUGCAAAAGGGCCUCUUUGGCCCGCUGCACCAGUGGUUCGAGGAAAACGUUCCGGCACAGUACAGCAAGAAGUAUCCGUGGCAAUGGCGCAUGCACAUGCACGUGUUCCGCGGAAUCCGCGGUAUCACUAUGGCUGAGUACAUGAUCCCCGAGUGGGCGGACUACUUUAAAGACAAGACAUUCGAGGAGCUCGAUGAGCUGGCAGCAAGCUGGAAGCUGGAUAAUUGCAUUCAGCGAGAGCGGUUGAAUGAUCUGUUGUCGUUCUAUGCGCCGAUGCGGGCGGACGAUCAGAGGCUCGAGGGAAAGGUAAUUCCAUCUGCUGUGGAGGACACACCCCAGCCGGGCCAGGUCAAGGACUCCGUCUCAGGCGUUGGCGUCUUUGAGUUAUCGCCGGAGGAGAAGAAGAAGAUGGAGACACCGGUGGUCCAGCUUAUCUCGGUGGCAUCAUAG